AUGAGAUUGAUCCAGUCAAGAAGAGUUGACAGCAAAGAUGAAUAUUCGUUGUUUGGUGAACAAGUAGCAAUGAAGCUACGCAGGCCACCUUUUUCGCGAACAAUAUUUAUGGUGCAAAAUUCCUAUUUCCUAUUUGAUGCGAAAAUGGGGAUAUACGAACCUCACACUGCACAAUCUGGAGCUACAUAUGGCAACAUACAACCGUCUACUUCAACCAGGCCAUUUUGUGCUUUCUCUUCGUCGUACCAAUCGUCACCUGGCAUACCACUCAGCCAGACGCAGAAUCAAUCACCUCACCCAUCCCAUUUGGCGUCACCUUCAUAUUCACAGUCGCCUUCACCUUCCUAUUCCCAAUCGCCUUCACCUGCAUCCAUUUUCUCUGAUAGCAUUAUUGAACCGUUUUCACGUGACAUCCUUCAAACCCCUUACCUACAUGAAGAUGAUAUUCAGCUUGGUUCUAGUUAA